AUGGAGUCUGAUGAUGCUCGUUCCCCAACCGACACGGAAAUGGGUUCUGACUCGGAGUCUAUUCCUGGAUCUGAUGAUAACAGCUGUCAUGACACUCGCCGAGCACCAACCCAAAUGGAGAUUGAGCGGGGGUUGCUUGCACGAUACCCUCCCGAGCCAGAUGAUGCGGAGCUUCCUCCCUCUGACGACUCGAUUUCCGAUGAAGGUCUUCGAGACUGGGAAGAGGGCAUGAAUGAGAAAGAAAUCCAUAAGGAAAAGCAGAACAAGCUGAAACAAAUGGACCGGUCCGAAAGAAGGGAGCGGAACAAGCAGAAGAGGGAGAAAGAAACGGAGAACCGAGCACGUUACGACAAACGCCGGAGGGAGCAAGGCACUAAAACUGCCCCAACCCAAGCCAGCACCUCACAACCCGGAGAAGCCUCUUCACCAGCUCAUCCCCUAACAUGUUCCAUCCUUGCUCGACCAACCUUGCCUCCACGUCAACCUCCUCGGUCUGGACGUGUUGACCGUUUCGUACCCAGGCAAGCUUUCGCAACAUCUCGAGCACCCCUUGCUUUACAACAACGCGGUGAAAGAUCUCAACACACUCCCUCAAAGAGGAAGAAAGUAGGAAGCCCCGUGGCCCCUGCAAAAGACAGCGGCGUAAUCAUGCUGAAUUUAACCGAGCAGCUCCGACAAAUACAACCACCCCAUUGCGAGCAGCGAGAGCACCUGUGUUGA